AAUAUUUAAUAUUGUUUUUUUAUUGUAAAGUGAACGCAAGGCAUAAAUAGUGUAAUAAGGGUUUUUUGUCACCCUCCGUUGUAACGCACACGCAGUUCUCUCUUCUUCUCACUCCGCAGAAGAGAGAGAAAUAUCCAAAUACCUAGCUAGCGCCUCUCUUCUCUUACCUUCAAUUCAAUCCACAAUCCAAUCCCUUUCUCUCCCUUCUUCUCUUAUUUCAAUCCUUAUUCUUCUUCUUCUUCUUCGAUUCGGCGCCGCCGCUGAAUCUCUCUCUUAUUUUAUCUUAUUCAGCAAUCUCUCUCGAAAAGCGUUAAGAUCGCAAGGUAUGCAGCAAGGUGAUCAAACGGUUCUUAGCUUGAGGCCUGGUGGUGGUCGAGGAAACAGGCUUCUCGCUCCUAGAUUUGAUUCUUCCUCUUCAAACUCAUCGGUUAAUCCUUCUUUUGGUUCUUUUUCAUCUGAUCUUUCUCUGCUUCGUCCUCAUGGUGCUGCUUCUUCUCACUUUGCUUUUAAGGUUGGAGAUUCGCAGUUUGAAGGUCGUGAGCGUGUGCGAUAUACCAAAGAAGAGCUUUUAAAGAUUAAAGAGACUGUUGAGGAGACCCCUGGUGAUAUUUUAAAGCUCAGACAUGAUAUUGAUGCUGAACUUUUUGGUGAAGAUCAAAGUUGGGGUCGUGUAGAAAAUAACCCCCCAGCUCAAAUUCAAAAUCGAUAUUCUGAACCAGAUAACCGUGACUGGCGUGGCCGAACUCCCCAACUUCAGGCAAACGCAGAUGAGAGGUCUUGGGAUAAUCUCAAGGACAGAGAACCUGGCAAUACUAUUCAGGCUAUUCGUCCAGAUAAACAGAACCAAGGGGGAGGACCUGCGCCUACUCUAGUCAAGGCUGAUCAACCAUGGUCUGCUAGAAGGGGAAGUCUGUCUGACAAGGAUCGUGUCUUAAAGACUGUUAAAGGGAUACUAAACAAGUUGACUCCUGAGAAAUUUGAUCUUCUGAAGGGUCAGUUGAUCGAUUCUGGAAUUACAUCAGCUGAUAUAUUGAAGGGAGUCAUUUCAUUGAUAUUUGAUAAGGCAGUGCUAGAACCAACAUUCUGCCCCAUGUAUGCUCAGCUGUGUUCUGAUCUUAAUGAAAAGCUGCCUCCAUUCCCAUCUGAAGAACCUGAUGGGAAAGAAAUAACUUUUAAGAGAGUACUCUUGAAUAACUGCCAGGAAGCUUUUGAAGGUGCUGGUAAACUGAGGGAAGAAUUGGCGCAGAUGACUUCCCCUGAGCAGGAGUCGGAGCGACGUGACAAGGAAAGACUUGUCAAAAUUCGUACCCUAGGAAAUAUUCGUUUAAUCGGUGAGCUGCUGAAGCAAAAAAUGGUUCCUGAAAAGAUUGUCCAUCACAUUGUUCAGGAGCUUUUGGGACCUUCUGACAGCAAGGUCUGUCCGGCUGAGGAAAAUGUUGAAGCCAUAUGUCAUUUUUUCAACACUAUUGGCAAGCAGCUUGAUGAAAGCCCAAAAUCACGACGUAUAAAUGAUAUGUACUUUAAACGGUUGAAAGAAUUGAGCACCAAUCCUCAACUUGUACUGCGGAUGAGAUUCAUGGUUCGUGAUGUCAUAGAUUUGCGUGCUAGUAACUGGAUUCCAAGACGGGAAGAGGUUAAGGCCAAAACCAUCAGUGAAAUCCAUAAGGAGGCAGAAAAUAAUCUUGGGUUGCGUCCAGGUGCCACUGCAGGUAUGAGAAACAACCGUGUUUCUGGUGUUCAAGGUAAUGCGGCUGUUGGGGGCUUUCCCAUUACCCGACCUGGUACAGGAGGUUUAAUGCCUGGGAUGCCGGGUACCAGGAAGAUGCCUGGGAUGCCGGGUAUUGAUAAUGAUAACUGGGAGGUGCCUAGAACUAGAUCUAUGCCAAGAGGAGACAUGUCCGUCUCACAAGUUGGAGGACGUGGGCAGUCUCCUUUCCUUUCCAAGCCAUCAGCUCUAAACUCAAAGUUACUGCCUCAAGGUAGUAGUGGUCUCAUAAGUGGGAAGAAUAGUGCCCUGGUGCACGGAGGUGGCACUCCUGCUCGUCCAUCAGACUUUGCUUCAGGUACUGAGCCUGCACCUCAAAUCCCUUCCCCUGUUAAACCUGUUUCUGCCGUAUCCCCUGAGAAGCCUCAGGACUCAGCUGCAUUGAAGAAUAUUGAUGAUCUUCACCGCAAAACUGUCUCUCUUCUGGAAGAAUAUUUCAAUAUUCGGAUGUUGGACGAGGCAUUGAUGUGUGUGGAGGAGCUAAAAGCUCCUCCAACUUAUUACCCAGAGGUUGUCAAGGAAGCCAUUUCCCUUGGACUAGAAAAAAAUCCACCAUGUGUUGAACCUGUUGCCAAACUUAUUGAGUAUCUGUUUACCAAGAAGAUUCUCUCAGCUAGAGACAUAGGGACUGGAUGUUUGUUAUUUGCUUCUCUGAUUGAUGAUAUUAGCAUUGAUUUACCUAAAGCACCAAGUAACUUUGGUGAGAUAAUAGGGAAACUAGUUUCGGCUGGGGGUUUAGACUUUAAGGUGGUGAGAGAGAUUCUUAAGAAGGUGGGUGAUGACUACUUCCAGAAAGCAAUAUUCAACUCUGCAGUGCAGUCAACCGGGCAAGCUGUGUUGGAUUCACAAGCAUCUGAUAUUGAGGCCUGCCAGUCUCUGUUCGAAUGAAGAAUCAAAAGACACUGCGCGAGAGUACUGAUAUCUGUUACUGGAUGAAGCCUUGUUUCACCACUUUCAAAUUCCCUCCCCUUUUAUGCUCACUUUGAGUUAUAGAUACUUUGUAUUACAGUAUGAUUUUAAAGUGGAGCUUCCAGAUUCAGGUAUUUUCAUCAGUUGUAUAAUUUUUUUUUUUGGUUUUGAUGUCGUAGAGUUGUUUAUUGAGGGAAAAGUUAAACCAUAAAGCUAAGGAUUUUGUUUUCCAGUUGGCUAAAUCAUAUGCCAAGUUUCUCCAGGAUAGUGGCCCAUCCCUUAGGGGGUCCAAAUGUUUUUGUAUUUCAUUAGUUGCCAUUUUUUCUUGACAGAGUAAUUGUUAAACUGGCCGGUUCAUAAAUGUUAUUGUCGUUAUUUCUGCUAGUUUUUCUUUUGGUGAUUUA